AUGAUGAAAGUUGCUUUGGUUUUUGCAAUGAUGAUUUCGGUCUCAAUGGCUUAUUUGCUUUUUAUGGUGAGUUAAUUGAAGGAUUGGGGCUUAGACGGUACAAAAAAGAUGAACCCGGGAAUAACUGAAAACUAAAAAACUCCCCUUGAGUAUUCACAAAGUUCACAAAAACAAACAUAAUUUCAUUCUAACUAGAAAAAAUCUAUUUUUUUUUCUAGGAAGGCGGUGAUAUGUCAUUAUACAUCGGAAAUGCCACGAAUCUCCGAAGAAGUCUAUCCGGCAAACCGGUCCAAGUUUUCCGAGUUUGCAAUGGAAAAAACUCCAAAACCUGUGGCUAUUGGGAAAACACAAAGACCAAGAAAAAAGUGGCGAAUGCUCCGAAAACCGCCAAAAAAGACAAAGUUUAUCUAGUGCUCAAAAAUAUCACCGCAGCUGAUUCGGGUGAUUAUUUCAAUAAACAAACUGGAUAUGAUCAAUCAAUCACAGUUAUGCCACUUUAUAGACCUUCGAAAUAAUCUUAAAAUGCAUGUUAAUUUAUAAUUAUAGAGAAGGAAUACAAUAAAAACGUUAAUUGUUAUUACUAGUCCGAUUUUUGAUCUACUUCAAAACUUCCCUUGACAGUUUUAUCUGACUUUAUUUUUGACAUUUUUAUCUGACGUGCCCACGUUGGUCUUUAUGGUGAGUUAGGCUAAAUUGGGCCGAGCUUGAAAUUUGGUACAGCUAGACUUGUCGCUUCCUAAUUUUCAUUGGGGGAUUUGAAAAAAAAAUCUAUACCCUAAAAAAAUCUCUAUUUUUCAAAAACAAAAAUAGAACAUCAAACUUCAGCUAACUGAUAUAUUUAUAUUAUAAAAACCAAUUCAAUUUCGGCAAUUUUCUCAAAUUCAAUUAAUCUUUUAGGCCUAAAUUUUCUGACCACUAGUUUAGCCAAUUCGAAAUUUCCCAGGGAGGCGAUAACGCAAAAAUCUACAUCGGAAACUCCACAAAUCUCAAAAGAUCGGUCGGAACCGACAAACCUCUUCAAGUUUAUCGAGUUUGCAAUGGGACCAACAAGAAGACUUGUGGCUAUUGGGAGAAUACCAAGGUAGCCUAACUUUAAAGUGUAAUUUUCUUUGACAAGAGUAUUAUUUCAGAGCAAGAAGAAGGUGGCUAAAGCUCCAGUGACGGUGAAAAAAGACAAGACAUACUUGGUUCUUCGAAAUAUUACAGAAGGCGACUCGGGAAACUAUUUCAAUGAUAAAUUUUAUUAUAGUGUUUAUGUUUAUGGAAAGAUUUCACACUUCAAAAAAUGA